UGCUUUGUUAUGUUAUGGUACUUUUUCUAAAGCAAAUGUGGCAACAAGUGGAGCAAACCCCAUGCCAAAAGAAAUCUAGGUGGGUCCUUUAGGGACACCUUUCAGCAUUUUGAUGUUUUUUAGAGACCGCAAGAGUCAAUUUCCAUGCGCCAUGAAGCGGCAGGAGGGACCAUGCAUGUUUAAAAAGACAGCAAGAACCUUUGGAAUCAUGAAAAACCACCAUCACCAGACCGCCCGACCAUGUCUGGUCCUUGUGCUCCAAUACACAUCGUAUAUUGUUAGCAUUACACUCCUUUUGGUUUUUUUCUUCUUUAUUUUGUGGUGGAGGUGAAUUUCAAUUGUGCUUGGGCGUGGCCCAGUAGAAUUUCGCACCCUCCAGAAAUCGAGCUACUGUCACAAAUCACCGCUGGCUUAUUCGAGGAGGCAUAUUGAUUCUCGAAAGUCACUAAAUUCGUAUCCUUCCUAGGCGCCGCGUCCAGUUACCUCACCAUAGCUGUCCAUAGGUUUCGCUUCUGUUCAAGCGUUUUUAUUUUUUGAUUGUGACCCCCAAUGCCUGUCCAUUCCCUUGUUAUAGACAGAAUUUGAUUAAAAUUUUCAAAACCAGACAAGACAGGGUAGUGUAUCACCUGUCCUCAUUUCUCCGUACAUCGCAUCACCGUCACCGUAUUGCUAUUACUUACUACUAAUAAAAUCCUGAAGGGCAAAGCCCAAACACAGGACAAGGAACACGACGCUGCGGAGUUCAAAACAAAGCUCUCUUUCCUCCUCUCUUUGUCUGUUACUGUGUGUGUAUGAGAACUCUGAUACAAAGUGAUAGAGAGAAAAGAGAGUUAUUCUGGCUUCACUUUCCUAGCUAUCUUCCCCUCUUUUGCUUUCUAACUCCUUUUCUUGGGCUAAGAAAAGAAAAAGGAAACGGAAGGAAAGGAAAUCAUUCUUGUACCAAGCAAUGUUUAAGUGCUACCCUCUCAACUUUCUCUUUGUAAAUAUCGCUUUGGCUAGCCUUGACGCUCUUCUCGCAUUUAUUGCCUUCUUUCAGCUUUCUAGGAUUCACCUGCGGAAUCAACAAGUUGGGUGGACGCGGCAAAAAGUUCUUCAUCUCAUGAUAGGUUCUUCUAAUUCUGGUUGUGUCAUUUAUAUUUUGUGCAUGGUGGUUGCCACAUGCCAAAGGUGGCUUUGCUGGUUUCAUGUGUGUGGGUUUGUUCUCAUGGCCUUCCCCAAGAUUCUGUUUUUGGCUGCAUUUCUUUUACUCCUAUCUUUCUGGGUCGACCUUUGCCAUCAGGCAAAUGAUGAAGAGGAAGAUGAUGAAGAGAAUAGUAGUCAGCAGGCAUUGCUGGAAAGUUCAAAGGGCAAGGCUGGUUUGCCAAACAAGGAUAUUCGUCGGAAAUGUUGCUCAUUCCAAGGCAUUCAUAUUGGUACCAGACAAAAAUUUGUUAUUGUGGUCAUUAUGCUCUACCUGAUCUUGAUGAUCUCCUUUGCUGCAAUAAUGUGGAUUGGCGCAGGGAAGAAUCCUAGUGAUUCUGUUGUAGUUGCUCGGGUAUGAAACACAUUACUUACUAACUACAUAUGGUGAUUAUAACAUUAAAAUAUUCCUUGAUAUUUUUCCAUAUCAAGUCCUUUACAUUUGAUAUUUAUUGGAUGUUGCAAAUAUGCUGUGCAACUUAUUGUCAUGGUGUCUGAUCAAACAAUAAGGUUUUAACUUCUAAUGAAGUGGAAGAAACCUCAGUUUAUUAUUACAUUGCUGAAGAGGGUUUACAAAGUGCAACAUUAUGACAAAAAGGGUCCGUGGUAUAUUUGAGUAUUCUGCACUUAUCGCUGCAAUAAUUUGUUUGAUAGGCGAUGUGAUAUCUUAUGGUAUAUUUUGUUAAAAUUGAUUGACUUUCUUUUUGCAAAUGUCUAUUGUAUUUUUGGUUGUUAUUC